AUGUGCGUAAAGGACUACCCCAUCUACGCCUGCGGAAAAGAACUAUUUCCCGGGCCCGCUCCAAAUCGAGAGUACCCCUGCGGCAAAAACUGCAAGAGUUGGGAGGUCGGUCGGUACCAGUCUGAGCAGUAUUGCAUGAGUGCGCGCUGUGACGUUUGUAUUCAGAGAAUACAGCCCAAGACGGCGAAGUGGACGGAUCCGCAGCACUCCCGGUAUUAUGAUUCGUAUGGGACUGUUCCUCCUGUGAGUGGUGGUGGUGGUGGUGGUGGACAGAUUGAUCCGGGGUAUGGUGAUCCGUCGGGAUAUGGAGGUUAUGGUGGUGGUGGCUACGGUGGUGGCGAUCCGUCGGGCUAUGGAGGUUAUGGUGGUGGUGGUGGACAAGUUGAUCCGGGAUACGGAGGCGGUGGUUACGGUGGAGGAGAUCCCUCGGGUUAUGGUGGUUACGGAGGUAGUGAUCCUUCGGGCUCAGGAUAUGGCGGCGGUGGUAGCGUCCCUCCGAACCCAAUGCCGCGUCCAAACCCCAAUCCAUUCGCUGGCGACAACCCGCCGCCGCUACCUUCGUGGCUGAGAGAUGACGAGGAGAAGAAUGGAAGUAAGAAGAGUAAGGGGAAGAGUCAUCGGAAGCAUAGGUGAGGUUGGUAUGGGCAAGGGACAUAGGGGGAGAGAAAGUUGAGGAGUGAAAGAAGGGCAAAGGGGAGAAAAGAAUGAGUGAGUGAAAGAUACUUGGGUGAUGAACUGGAGGUGAAAGGAAAAUGAAGGGAUUCGGAGAAGAGAAAUAUGG